ACACCAGUGUUUAACAACCUUCGUUUUCUCCUCUUUAAAGCUCCUCCUCGUAUUCAACUGGCCCCAGGUCCAACUCACGUCAAGACAGGACAAAAUAUCACGCUUCCGAAAUGUCACGUGACCGGUUUUCCAGCGCCAGUUGUCACUUGGUGGAAGACACCGGGGUUCCUUGCUAAAGACAAGACUGUGCAGGACCAGGGAUUAUUAACAGUGGUUCAUGCAGCGGAAGACGAUAUUGGGUCCUAUGUGUGCCACGCAAAGAAUCACUUAGGAGAGACAUCGGGAGCUACCUCGUUAUUUGUUUGGUCUGCCCCAGAAUUCACCGCAAAACCGCCCCAGACAGUCAACAAAACGGUAGGCGAUGACUUGUCCUUAAACUGUUCUGCAGCUGGUGAUCCACCUCCCAUUGUUUCUUGGAAACGAUCCAAGGGAGCUUGGGAAGAAAGGCGAAUGAAAGUCAGCAGAGGAAUCUUGACGAUUUCUGCACUCAGUCAUGCGGAUUCUGGAGUCUUCAUUUGUCAAGCAAAGACGCCUUACUAUACCAUUGAGGCCAGGACGGAUCUCAYAAUAACCAAUCGUAAGUUGCAAUUAGUUAAUACCUCGUAUUAUUGUAUCUCUCAGUUAGUUCGCGCGCUGUGAUUGGUCAAUUUAGCGGGCCGUAAUCUACCGUGCGGCCAGCUAAAUAAGCUCUUUUUGUUGCCAAAAUCUUUCGUGAUUUAUCACCAAGUGUUCUUAACUGUUUUAGACAAAAAAGUUUAAACCUUUCUUUUACUUCUGAAAUUUUGUAUUAAAAGCUACUAACGACCUAAGAAUCACUUAUCAACAAUUUCAAAUUGACUCGUUUUGCUUACGACGUGCGUCAG